AUGGAUGUUUUCUCGUUCUGGUUCAUUUUGGCAUCAUAUUCGGUUAAAACAUUUGCUCAGCGAUGUAAGGUAACGCAACGAUCUGAACAUGGCUUAGUUCUCCUUGAUCACGUUUUCAAAUCGUUCACCGUGGAUCGUUUGGCUUCGUGUUAUAUUGCCUGCAAUUCACAGCCAGUGUGUCAAAGCCUUAACUUCAGGCUGAGUGACAAAACUUGCCAGUUUAACAAAGAAACUAAGAUUUCCUGCCCGGCUUGUCUGAAGCAGCAUGAAGGGUUUAUUUAUGCUGAAAACCCAGAUAGAGCUUUACUUGGGUCAGUUCCCUUCAGAGCUGCCGAGUCCUGUCGACAUAUCAUUCAGAAUGGAGAUUCCACUGGGAAUGGAGAGUACUGGGUCGACCCACAAGGCAAUGGGAACUCCUUUAAGGCUUUUUGUGACAUGACAACUGAUGGAGGUGGCUGGAUGAUGGUGGUAAACAUUAUUUUAGCAAGCUCUCAAUCGUCAUGGUGGAAUGGCACAGCUGAACAAACGUUUCAAGGUAUGCGUAACUACGCAAACGGCAAAAUGGCUAUAACCAAAAGCGCUAUGAGCCAACUAAGAGCGUACAUAAACUUUACCCAAAUAAGAUUUCACUGCAGCAAAGAAAAAGAAACAACAUUCCACGUCCGAACGACUCUGAACAACAAAGGUACGGAAGCUGUGCGAUAUUUCAGCGGUGAAAGAGAUGAGAUGCCAGACUCGUGUGACUCCUUCGUCCGUAUGGAAGGCGAUAACUCAAGACUGGCUCAGAAUUGUGCGACAUGGGCAUAUGAUGGUAAGUGGGGACAUGUCGCAAAUGGUGUUGGAGAGAAUCGUCUGUACGAUCACGCAGCAUAUGUGGGCGGCAAGUAUCACUGGAUAAUUUCUGUUGAUGGCAACUGGGACUGCGAUGAUAAUACUAGUGACAACCUGUCUACUGGAGACUUUUGGAAAGUUUACGUCCGAUGA